AGAGAGAGAGAGGGAAGGAGAAGCAGGAGGAGGAGUGUGAACAUUGCGGAGUUCUCGGGGAUUCCGAGAAUAUACAGUUCAGACUCAGACCCGACAGUCGGUGCUGGAGCCCGACGAGUUUUUGGACUCUACUUCCAUUUGGCGCGGCGCACGUCUGCGCGCAGGAAACGCUCAAGCUCGGUAAGCGGAAUCAGGUUCCCGUGUGGCCACGUCUGAGAUCAGAAGAGCAAACAGGCAACACUGAGCCUUUGGUUCUUCCCAGAGGAUCUCCCAAACAUUAUGUCAUUAUGACAGAGAAACCUCCUCAUUCCUCUGACUGUGCUUACAACAUAUUUUAAAGCAGUGUGGAUUUACUCAUAGAAUGCACAGUGAUGCCAGCUGGGUUUUCAUGCUUGACAUUACAAAUGCCCACUGGUCUUGUAUGUAAAGCCCUUUGACUGAAAAGGAACAAAAUCCAAAGCACUGCUGGAGUUCUCUGCUCUUUUCAUUUAUGGCACAGAUCUUAAGACAUUUUCAUUAGGUGUAAAACAUCACAUCAGGGCAUCCUACUGUUGAACAUGACUCAUGGGGUGGAGUCUGGCCCUGAAACUCACCAGGAUUCUGCUGCUUUAACAUAUCUGGAAGGUGUGCUGAUGCAUCCGGUCACCACUGGACCUGCUGCCACUGCUACACAGAGAUCUGAACCUGUCCAAAACAAUGAAGAGAAUGCCAACAGGGUGACUAGGGUGUUCCAGCUACCUAACCAUGGCUCCCCCUCGCCAGACAAGGGUAGCCCACCUAGUGCAGCCUCACAGCACCUUAAAAAAGCCAGGCUGCUUCGCUCAGGAGCAUGGAGUGAAGAUGACACCCAGAAACGAACAGGCGCUGUAGUGGAAGUGAACGGACAGAGAAAGGAGCACUACAAAGGAGGCCUGGAUGGCUCUGGGCAGGGGGAGAGCACCUUGCUGGCUUCUCUGCUGCAGUCCUUCAGCUCUCGGCUGCAGAGUGUCGCAUUGUCACAGCACAUUUCUCAAAGCCACAAACUGCUCGAUAGAGACAGCAGAGAAAGUGAUCCUGCUGAUAAGGAAACCUACCAGAGUUACGGCACAGCAUCAGGCCGCCUAAAAAGCCUCAUGAGGAAAAGCAAGCAACAGAACCAUAACACUGUGCCUUACUGUAGGCAGAGCAACCAGAACCGAAGCUCUGAUUCUCCUCAUUCUUCUCAAAGUUCUGCCCAGCCCACUAGCUCUGAAUCCAUGUCCUGUACAGAGCGACUCAAGGCUGUUGCCAAUAUGGUAUGCACUAGGUCCAGUCCAGCCCCUUCACCCAAGCCCAGUGUCGCCUGCAGUCAGCUGGCCUUAUUGCUGUCCAGCGAGGCUCAUCUACAGCAGUACUCCAGAGAGCAGGCCAUAAAAGCACAAUUAACCAGUAGAUCAGCCAGCGAGAGGCUAGCAGCAAUGGCUACUCAACAAACACAGGAUAAGAGGCCUCCCAGCAUGGGGCAGCCAACAACUGCCCUAGACAUGCUAAGCUCCUUAAAUAUUCAAAACGGAACACUCCCCCCACCAGCGAUAAACUCCAGCAAAAAAAGCCCUUCCAUUUCCUCACCCUCCACGAGAACCCCCAAAGAGAGACGACCCUUUGACAGACAUGGUCGACCGCCACAAAACUGCAGCAGCCUGUUGCUUCUACUUCUGAACAAUCACAACUCCCAGCAGCAGCUCACCAGGAAUGGACACCUGGAGGAUGACUAUGGCAUCCUCCCGAACCGGGCCUCCUCCCUGCAGUCUGACAGCGAGUACUCCAACCAAGAUAACAGCCUGACCAAAGACAGCAGUGAUGCUGAGAGCUUCUCCAGCUGUUCCCCCAUCGACCUCUCCAUGAAAAGCAGAGCGCCUAGCCAAAAAUCAGAAGCCUGCUCUUCCUUAACCCCCUCUGUGGAUAAGCUCACAGAGUCUCACAUAAACAAAUGGAAGCUGGAAUCUUCUGUGCCAAAGGUCCGUGAGGCCACAGAUCUGGAUACCAUCCCAGACGUAAAAUCCCAUGAUAAGGUCACUCUAAUGCAGUUACUGCUGGACCGCAAAAAUAACGAGAAGGUAAACAAAAGUUCAGAUAAUCCUAGUUUGCGGCCUGACACAAUAAUCAGCAGCUUGACUGCAGGCCCACUUAAACGAAUUGGCACACCUGAGGACAGCAGAACACUGAGUCCUCUGGACCCUCAAACAGCUACCUUCAGCUCAAUCUCCCCUUCAUACUCCUUCCCCUCACCCCAUGCCCAGUCCAGUCCCUUAGAUCUGUGUAAGUCUAAAGUUCACUCAAGUGAAAAGACACUGGAGCCUCCUUUCAGUGCCAGCAAACUACUACAAAAUCUGGCCCAGAGUGGUAUAAAGAACUUGUCACCUUCUCCCCCUCCUUUACACUCUCACAAGCCAACAAGCAGAAGGAAAAGCCCAGAACUUGAGCUUGACAAGCCUCAGGCACUUUUGGAUCAACUUAUCGUUCCACACAAGCGGAACAGAGCCUCCAUGCUGGAUGGAGGUUCACCUCCAGCUCUCCCAGCUCACAAAUGUGAGCAUUCACCCUCUGCAUCAACACAGAUAGAAAACCUUCUCGAGAAGCGCACAGUACUGCAGCUUCUGCUGGGAACAGCUUCCCAGAAGGAAAGAACCAGUGGGCACAGAGUCUUGGAAGUGACCUCAGGGGGACUGGCGAAACUCAGAGGCUCUGUCAACUGUGACAGCUCAAACGGACCUUCUCCACAACUUAAGAUCAAAACCGAGCCAGUAGAGGAAAAUCUUUCAUCAAAUAGCUCUGAUGAUGGGGUAUACCAUCAGAGACGAUCAUCACAACACUCACCCAUUGCUGAAGCACAGGACACAAAAUCUGAACUAUGUCCUACAGAAACAGCUGCUAAAUUUGGACUUCUUAGCCAGCUUUUGAAACACCAGACUGCUACCUACCAUUCAAACCCACAUACCAGGCUCCUCAGGAACUCCAUAAAAGAGGAGCAAGUGCAUUUUCAGAGCCCCAUUCCUAAAAAAAGAAAACUCUGCAUUGAGCUAGCAGAGCACCUAAGUAAUGAACUCUGUCAACCAUCUCGAGAUACCACUAGUGACAAUCUGGUGUCUGGAACACCUGAAUUUAAUGGUAGAAGGCUUGCAAAACCAAAAGAAGAAGAGUUAGUAAGGAGUCCUAGGAGUAAAACCCCUCUCUCCAGAGAAAGCCAAGGCUUCAAUGUUCUUAAGCAACUCCUCCUGUCAGAAAACUGUCUGAAAGAGCUAUCCAAACCCAGAGGGACCCCAAGUCCCUUCAUCCCUCAGGCAAACUCUGCAGCCAACCGGAACUUAACCCAAUCUUGUUUCCCUCAGGAGUCGUCAUACUUGCCGUGGUACCCCUAUUCUCUCAGUACAAAUCCCAAAACAGCACCUGCACCUGUUGAUAUCACUGAGGGGUCGCUAGUUUGGGCUAAGGGCUCUCCUAAAGCCAGUCCUAAACCUGUUAAAAAUGAACUUGAGGGAUUUCCUGGAGAAACUUUUAGCAGAGAGGAGAGAUCCAGUCCAGACUCACCCCCUUUAACCAGGUCUAAUCCUAUUCUUUACUACAUGCUUCAGCGGGGGAACGGUCAGCUCAGACCUGAGAUCCGGGAUCAGGUGCAGCCGGCCCACUGUGUCAUGGGUGCAAAAGUGGAGUCGCGUAUUGACUAUGAGCACAGGAUAAACUCUCGAGUCCACAGACAGACUCACAGCUAGAGAAAAGAGAACCUAAACGGCUCUAUGGAAAAAUGGUAGACAAGAAAUGUCAAAGACUGAGAGAAGCUGAAGAACUGUGUGUAUGGUCAUUUGUCUAUAAUAUCAGUUUUUUUUGUUUUGUUUUUUGUUCUUUUUCAUUUAAAAACAGAAACUGAAUAAAUUUAACCAUGGGAUAUGGUAAUUAAGUUUGAAACAUUGGCUUUUUGCCACUGCUUUAAAUUAUUUAACUUGUCCAUUU